AUGAAUUUUAGACACUUUCAAAGCAAAACUGUUGUAUUGGACUACAUCCAUUAUACAUUUUACGAUUAUCGUGUAACGUGGGAUGAAGCUCAAAUCAUUUGUUCUGAACAUAAAUCAAAUUUGGCUAUAUUGGAUGCCGAAAAAGAAGCAUUGAUCAUCAGUGAUUACUUUAGUAAAAUGAACGAAGAAGGCGUUCAAUUUUGGAUUGGUUCACGGCUUUCGGGUUCUAGGAAUUGGAUUUGGAUGACAUCAAAUAAACAAGUUGAUCUGAAUAAAAUAAAUGAAACAUCGACAAUAAAAUUCCUAAAUUCAAUGAAUGACGUUUCUUACUGUCUAACAGUUUCACACAAGAAUCAUCAGGGGAUUACAUUUACUCCCAUUCUGUGCGAUGAAUUUAGAUCAUUUAUAUGUCAAAAAAAUGAUUUAAAUUAUUCAACUCCUGCAUCUAUCGAAGUGAACGACAAGGUAUUCACAUUUUAUCCUGAAAAGUUAUCUUGGAUGCAGGCAGUUGUUUACUGCCGUCAUCAAGGCCUACAAAUAGCCGAAGUUUCAUCUGCAUUUGAAAUUGAGAACUUGAGCUGGGAAAUGUUAAGAAUGAGGCCAAAGGCAAUUGAAAGUACUUGGAUAGGUGGGCAUAGAAAAAAUUACGUUUGGAAAUGGCUACCAUCAGGAAAAAAUAUAUCUGAAAAUUACAUAGCAAAUCCUGAAAAAUUUGGCGAGUGUUUAAUAUUAGAUCGACACAUGAUUAAACUAUCAACUUUUUUGAGAGUGAAUUGCAAUAAAAAGUUUGGAGUGUGGUGUCAAACUCCCACAGAAGAGUUUCAAGCUACGAAACCUGCAUUAAUUAAUAUUGGUAAUUGUUCGUAUCUUAUAGGCAUAUCACCUGUGCCAUGGGAAAAAGCUUACAGACUUUGUUUAGAAAAUAAUGCAACUUUAGCAAUUCUAGAUUCUUUUGAAACUAUGAACGAUAUGAUGCAAAUCAUGUUUGAUAAACGUGAUAAUAUUAAUCAUAGAAUUAAAACAAUUUUGGAUUGA